AUGGAAGAGGUCGACAGACAGACGAUGGCAGCCAGCCCGUGGAAAGCAGCCGGCGAGGAUGGCCUCCCGGUGAUGGUAUGGAAGCAGGUGUGGCCGGUCGUCAAGGAGAGAGUGCUUUCCCUCUCUCAGCUGUCGUUGGACACGGGCGAGCUCCCGCACCAAUGGCGCCUAGCCAAGGUCAUCCCGCUGAAGAAGGCAGAGAAGCCCGACUACGCGAAGGCGAAGGCCUGGCGAUCGAUCUCGCUGCUCUCUACGCUCGGGAAGAUUCUCGAGUCGGUGAUUGCGGAACGACUGUCAUAUCUGGUGGAGACGAUGGGCCUGCUGCCAACCAACCACUUUGGCGGGAGGUCGGCGGAACAAGCACUGAUGCUCCUGCAAGAGCAGAUCUACAAGGCCUGGCGAUCACGAAGAGUUCUCAGCCUGGUCAGCUUCGACCUGAAGGGGGCAUACAACGGGGUGCACCGAGAGAGACUUGCCCAGAGACUACAAGCUAGGGGGGUCCCCGAUACUCUGGUCAGGUGGGCCGAGUCGUUCUGCUCAGACCGGACCGCUAGCAUCUCAGUUGUCCAUACCCAUUUCGGGAAUUGUUGUUUGAAAAUAUUCAGCCAGAGUUGUUUUGUCUAG